AAAUGGCGUCGUAUUAUGGCGUCGUCGGAGGCUAUAAGUGGUGAGAGUAGUCAAAAGCCGAUUUUUGCCGAAAUUUAUCAACUUGUUAGCGUUCUUAAUGCAAAGUGUAAGGUGUUAUUAAAAAUCCAGUGAAUUUAGUGUUGAUUAUCGAAGCGGAGGUCGUGAUAAUUUGACAGUAAUGUAAACUAGAUCGAAAAUGUCUCGAAGGAGAUCACAUGCUACUUCUUGCCGAGUUGCAACUCCCGGAAAAGUUUGUUGUUUCUGUGGUCUUGCUGACAUCAAUGAACUCGAAUAUGGAAAAAUUUACGAACUUGGAAAUAUCGUCACACAUUAUUACUGUCUACUUUUGUCCUCGAUGAUGCAACAAAAAGGACGCGAUGAUCAAGGGAUUUUGGGUUUUCUAUCGGCGGACAUUGAAAAGGAAGUGAAAAGAGGAAAAAGACUUGUUUGCUAUCAUUGUAAAAAGAAUGGCGCAACUUUAGGAUGCUGUAACACGAAAUGCAAACGAAUAUUUCAUCUUCCCUGUGGUUUGAAAGCAGGAUCAUUACAUCAAUUUUAUAGUGAAUUUAGAUCCUAUUGUAUAAAUCAUCGUCCAAAACAAUUAAUCGAUGGCCGAGUAUUGGAGGAAGUUCAAAAUGCAGAAACCACAUUGUGCUACAUUUGCUAUGAUAAUGUUAACUAUCGCGAUAUUUUGGCAAUGUUAUGGGCUCCUUGCUGUAAGAAAAAUGCUUUUUUCCAUCGUAAAUGUGUUCAACAAUUGGCAAACAGUUCGGGAUAUUUUUUCAAGUGUCCCCUUUGCAACAAUAAAAAAGAAUUUCAGGAAGCAAUGCUAGAACACGGAAUUUUCAUUCCUUCUCAGGACGCGUCUUGGGAAUUAGUUCCGAACGCUUUUCAGGAGUUACUCUAUCGACAUAAUAAAUGUGAUGCAGAAACUUGUGUUUGUCCUAAGGGAAGGAAUCAUUCAGGCAGCAAUGCGGCGCAGUCAAAUAAAUGGGAAUUGGUUCUUUGUCAAAUGUGUGGCUCACAAGGAAUUCACAGGCAUUGCGGACAUUUAAAAUGGACAACAUCGCUGUGGGAAUGUGACGAUUGUCGAUUAAUUCUAGAUAAAUCUUCCCUUGUAAAUAGACAAAACCAAUCAGAUGGUGCUGGAGGAAAUACUGGAAAUCGAGCAAUCACGAAGGAUAUUGACAGCGAUAGCGAUCUCUCCGUUGGACACGAUUCACACGAUCAUUCUGAAAAAUGUUCACUUCUCGAAACGAAUAUUCCAAUUGUUAGAGUUCGUCCCGGUCCUCUUUCUUACAAAAUGAAAGAAGUCAUGAAAGUCGCUCAAAGUCAACCAAUGACGAAAGGCUCUUCGAGUAGUCUCGAGGGGACGAAUUCGUCGAGCAGCUUGCCGACAUGUGAAAAUGGUAAUAAAAACGACAAGGAUCCAAAAACAGUGAUUUUAAUUGACAGUGACGAGGAAGCGGAUGUUAUUGAGAUUAUUAGCGAAAAACAGAGUCCCAAAGUGUUGACAACGAAUGAUGGUAAAAAAAUUCAAAUUCUCGAGAAGAGAGAAAUUGAUAAACUUGCAACGACAAAUAAAAAUGAAAAACUUGAUGAACCAUCGAAAUUAUUGUCUAAGGAUUCAAAGCCAAUUAUCACCAGUAUUCAAACAGUGAAUAAUAUUCUCAAUCAAAAGUAUCCCAUUCAAAUGCCACCUCUCACGCCAAUCAUCAAUAAAUCAGCACAAAACAAACCUAAGGAUCAAUUUGAAAUUUCACCAAAUUCACAGAAUUCAAUAAAAAAUUCACAAAUAAUUAGCAAUCAAUAUCUUUCGAGAUUAACAAUGUCAGGAAGUAAUAUACAAGAAAUGAGUCAAUUUACUGGUAAUUUUAAUCAAAAAAUAUCGAUAAAUUCAUCGUCACAAGAGAAAAUAACGGAAAAUUUUAAUCCACAACAAUAUUUCACUUCUCGUAGUAGUAACAAUAAUAAUAAUAAUAAUAAUAAUGUGCCACCGCAAAUUUUUCACUUACGAAGUAUUGAAUCACAAGUAUUGAAAAAUAGAAUUCCAACAGUUGGAGAAUCAAUAAAAUUAAAAAAUUGUCCACCACUUGGUCUAAUACCAUGCACUACGAUAACGGAAAAUUCAUCAAAUCAAAUGUCCAUUCCCUCAAAUAGUAAUGAGAAAAAUAAAAAUUAUUCCACAACAAUGAACAAUUUACCAAAAAUUUCAAUGAACGAAAAUGAUUCGAUGGGAAUUAAAAUUUUAAAUGUUUGCUCAUUGGCGCCGGAUUUAUUUGAAAAAUUAGAAUCACAAGACGAGGGGACAAGAUUAAAGAGAAAAGCCGAAACAACACCGGGAACAUCGCAAUGUUUUGAUGUUAAUAAUAGUGUGGAAUUUAAACGAACGAGACUCGCGAAUGAUGCACCGGCAUUAACUUAUCUCAAUGAAUGGCGGGAAAAAUUGAGAAAUAGAGAAGCUAUGAUUAAGAGUAAAAAUAAAAAUUCCGAUGAUACGAAUGAUAUGAAUAUUAUGAAUAAGGAAAUGAAUGUCGAAGGAUUUAUGCAACCGAACAGACAAACUUCGAGUGAUUGGAGGAAAACUGUUGAAAUUUGGAAGGAAACGAAAACAAUAUGGAAGGAGAGAAGAGAAAUUGAUUCUAAUGAUGUUAUUAUUGAUGAUAAUAGGGAAAAUGUGAAACAUCCGAUUUUAAAAAGUUUAAUUGAACAGACAAUUGUUAAAGGAAAGGUUAUUAAUGAUAAUGCUGGAAUUAUGGAAGAACAACCGUCGACGAGUAAUAUUCAGAAGAAAAUGAAUGUCACGCCUCCUUCUAAUAAUGCUGGAUUUUAUGUCGAUAGAGGAAAGUCGCAAGAUGUUUUAAAAGUUGGAGGAAAUAAUGGUGCCUGUAUCUCUUGGGAUUCUUCUAACAGUGUCAAAGGGAUGCAGUCAACAGUCCGACUAUUUCCCCAAAGCAUUGUCUUACCACAAUCAAUGCCAUCGGCAAAGUCGGAUUCCAAGCAGAAAAUCAAAUCACCACUAAAGCAGACUCACAAUUUGGAAACGACACAAUCGAAGACUUCAAAUUUAGCGGCCUCCAGUGUAACAACUCAGAAGCCAAUCAUGAACUCUACGAAAAUUCAAGCUCCUGUGAUUCAACUGGAUUGAUUCCGGAUAAUGUGUCAUUAAGUGACGUCAAAUUCCGAGUCUGUGGAUCAGACAUAGUUCAAGUGAUUUUAUACGAUAAAUAUCGAAUCGACAUCAAGAUGGACAAUUCUGGUUCAAGAAGUCCUCGCGAUUCCGAUUCAUCACCACUGCCUUGUCCAAGUUUCACCGAUGAGUUUGAUGAUUCGCACGAAUUGGGCC